AACUGCAAGUAAAUUAACCAACAAUUUAAGGUGUCGGGGGAGAAUCCUAGAAAGAAUACUUGCUCCCGCAGCCAGAAUCCCCUCCCAUUUCUUUUCUUCAUCCCCACCUUGGUGGCAAGCCAACUCUUUUUAUUCCACCACCACCAUAGCCAAUAAUUUACCUGCCACAUUUCUCCGCCCCAUUCGUCCGUCCUUCCUACGCCCCCCAUAUUUCCCGUUUGACUCACAAUCCCAGCCAAGCAUCCAAGAAUCAAGAUUCAAAGCCAACUCAUAAUCUCAACCAAGCCAAAUAGUACUAUAUUUAUUUUCCUAGUAUAAAAUCCUUAAAUCAGACCCCAUUUCAAACCAAAAUCAAGGACCCUCCCGAAUUUCGCACCCCUCCUCCCAACUCCUAUUUCUCUCUGCCUCUUCAAUUCAUAAUAGUUUAACCCUCGUUCAUACGAUGAACUGAUUGUUUUUCCCUUUCGGGUAAAUACUAAAUGAUCAAUGGAAGCCGACAGGGAAGCGUCGUUGAACGAAAACAGCAAGAAGGCAUUGUUAGCUAGAAGUGCAUCACAUGCACAAGAUGAAUUGAAGAGUUUCAGGACAUGGCUGAAAUGGAUGUGCGUGGAUCAAUCUGAUUGGUGGACUGCGUUUCUUUCGUGGUCUGUUUUUGUGGUAUUGGCUGUCGUCGUCCCUUGUCUCUCCCAUUUCUUUCUGGCUUGUAGUGAUUGUGAUAGCAGACACAGCAGGCCUUAUGAUACCAUUGUGCAGCUUUCUCUUAGCACCUUGGCGGCCCUAUCUUUCAUUUGCCUUUCCCAGUUUGUGAGGAAAUAUGGGCUCCGGAGAUUCUUGUUCUUCGAUAGGCUUUGUGAUGACAGCGAGACCGUCAGAAAAGGAUACACCGUUCAGCUCAAUAGAUCCCUGAAGAUCGUAUUCAUCUUUGUGAUACCUUGUUUCACAGUGGAGUGCGCUUACAAGAUUUGGUGGUAUAGCUCGGGUGGCACCCGAAUUCCCUUCUUGGGCAACAUAAUAGUGAGUGACACUGUUGCAUGUAUUUUAGAGCUUUGCUCAUGGCUCUACAGGACUGUGGUCUUCUUCCUGGUGUGCAUUCUCUUUCGCCUCAUCUGUUAUCUUCAGAUCCUCCGAUUACAAGACUUUGCACAAGUCUUCCAGGUAGAGUCUGACGUCGAAUCAGUGUUGAGGGAACACCUCAGGAUCAGAAGGCAUUUAAGAAUUAUAAGCCACAGAUACCGCUCAUUCAUUUUAUGGGCAUUGAUCAUCAUAACAGUUAGCCAGUUUGCAUCCCUACUCAUGACUACGCGCUCAACUGCUGAUCUUAAUAUAUACAAAACCGGUGAACUUGCUCUAUGCUCCGUCAGCCUUCUUGCAGGGCUGAUGAUCCUGUUAAGAAGUGCAACCAGAAUUACACACAAAGCACAAGCUGUUACAUGUCUUGCGGCCAAAUGGCAUGUCUGUGCAACAAUAGAUUCGUUCGAUACAACUGAAGCUGAGACGCCUAUUUCUAGGGUGCCUGUCAACCACGUUUUUCCGGUGAGUUCUGAUGGAUCUGACGCUGAUGAUGAUGUUGGCGAUGAAGAGGAUGAUAUAGACCACACCAAGCUCGUUCCAUCAUACAACUACAACACAAUUUCAUUCCAAAAGAGACAAGCCUUAGUGACAUACUUUGAAAACAAUAGAGCGGGAGUGACAGUCUAUGGAUUCAUGCUGGAUAGGACCUCGCUUCACACGAUAUUUGGCAUAGAGUUGUCCCUUGUGCUUUGGUUGCUUGGAAAGACCAUCGGUAUUUCAUAGAAAAGAAACAAGAGGGUUGCGAAAUUUUGUGUGGGAUUAGCAUUUAGGCCAUGUUGGGCAAUUGACCCCUGAGAAGAGAUUUGAGGCGGUUUGCUUUGUCGCCGCCCAUUACCAUCCAUGAACGAUCAGCGACGAGUGACAGCGACGGAGGAAGGUCUGUCUAGCUAUAGCUCUAGCUGGCGACAUCUAUUCAACAUUUUUUUGUCAAAAUAUCCUUCGUGCGUUCUUCUUCAUCUUCUUCUUUUGUGUAUUUUUUUUUUUCAAAUAGCUCUUGAUUUCUAUUUUUUCUUGUGAAGUAUCAAUGUCGAUUAAUGUUUCUUUGUUUGUACUUAUGCUGCAGAUGAUAUGUAACGUAUUUAUAUCUGUUGAGCUAC